ACCAUGCGUUCAGCUGUCCUGGCCACCGCUGCCUUCUUCUUGUUGAGCUGGACUCACUGUUGGUCCCUGCCCCUUCCCAAUAGUGAUGAUGAUGAUGAUGACUUGUCUGAGGAAGACCUCGACUUUGCAGAGCACUACCUGAAGUCAUACUAUCAUCCUGUGACUCUUGCGGGCAUCCUGAAGAAGUCUGCAGUGACCUCCACAGUUGAUAGGCUCCGAGAAAUGCAGUCUUUCUUUGGCCUAGAGGUGACUGGCAAACUGGACGAGCCCACCUUAGACAUCAUGAGAAAACCAAGAUGCGGAGUCCCUGAUGUGGGGGAAUACAAUGUUUUCCCUCGAACUCUCAAAUGGCCCCAAACGAAUUUGACUUACAGAAUUGUGAACUACACUCCUGACAUGUCUCAUUCUGAAGUGGAAAAGGCCUUCAAAAAGGCCUUCAAGGUCUGGUCUGAUGUGACUCCCCUGAGUUUCACCAGAAUCCACGAUGGCACUGCUGACAUCAUGAUAUCUUUUGGAACUAAAGAACAUGGCGACUUCUAUCCAUUUGAUGGACCUUCUGGCCUUCUGGCACAUGCUUUUCCUCCUGGACCAAACUAUGGAGGGGAUGCCCAUUUUGAUGAUGAUGAGACCUGGACGAGCAGUUCCAAAGGCUACAACUUGUUUCUUGUUGCUGCCCAUGAGCUUGGACACUCCCUAGGUCUGGAUCACUCCAAGGACCCAGGGGCCCUGAUGUUUCCCAUCUACACUUACACUGGCAAAAGCCACUUCGUGCUUCCUGAUGAUGAUGUUCAAGGAAUCCAGUCUCUCUACGGGCCAGGAGAUGAAGAUCCCGACGACCGUAAACACCCAAAAACACCAGAGAAAUGUGAUCCAGCCUUAUCACUCGACGCCAUUACCAGUCUUCGAGGAGAAACCAUGAUCUUUAAAGACAGAUUCUUCUGGCGUCUGCACCCUCAGCAGGUAGAGGCUGAGCUGUUUUUGACAAAAUCCUUUUGGCCAGAACUUCCCAACCAUGUGGAUGCUGCUUAUGAACAUCCAUCCCGGGACCUCAUGUUCAUCUUUAGAGGUAGAAAAUUCUGGGCUCUCAGUGGUUAUGACAUUUUGGAAGGUUAUCCCAAAAAAAUAUCUGAAUUGGGAUUUCCAAAAGAGGUGAAGAGGCUAAGUGCCGCCGUUCACUUUGAGGACACUGGGAAGACGCUCUUCUUCUCUGGGAACCAGGUGUGGAGAUACGAUGAUGCUAACCAGACUAUGGACAAAGACUAUCCCCAAUUCAUAGAAGAUGAAUUCCCUGGAAUUGGUGAUAAGGUAGACGCUGUCUAUGAGAAAAAUGGCUAUCUCUACUUUUUCAAUGGGCCGAUACAGUUUGAGUACAGCAUCUGGAGUAAGCGCAUUGUGCGAGUCAUGCAGACGAAUUCCUUACUGUGGUGUUGAGCGUCUUUUCAAAAUUGUUAUUUAACUGCUAGAGAGCUUUUGGGAUAACACUUUCAGACUGUGGGGGUGGUGCAGUGAUGUGGGGGAGGGCUUAGUUCUGUGAACAAGCUUCAGUAAGUUAUCUUUGAGCACGGUGUAUCUAUAAGACUAUACGUGGCUGGAACCACACUGAAGAAUCUUUAAGUAAGGAAACUGAGAGCCCUGAGGCUUGCCUCAUUCUUGGGUGCUCUGAAGAAACAAGACUGAUAUUUCCUGCAACAAACAUGGGGUCUAUCUGUUCAUAAGAGUGAACAUAAUUAUUAAUAUAUUUAUCUAAAAGCCUAAAAGCCAUGAAACAGAUUAUAUUUAUAUAACUAUGAAUUGUCUUCACCAAAAAAAUAAAAUUCAUAAACUUACAAGCAUAAAACAUGUUGGGAAGUGUGUGGUAGCCAUCAGCGAACACAGAUAAGUGGAAAUACCUGUGAAAUACAUAUUAGCAGACAAUUUUCCAAAGGAGCCAUUUGGGCUGUUCACUGUGAGUAUUCAGACUUAAAGUCAUUUUCACACAAACCCUAAGGAACUAUCAAAGCCACUAAAGGAAGGAGAGUGCAGCCGCUGUGAGGGCAAGGGCAGCGCAGGUGGCAUUGCAUUAGGCUUAAUUUUUAUUGUGGAUUGUCACUCAAGGGCUGUGAACACUAAUAGAAAAUAGAGAAACAGGAUUUCUCUUUUUAUUAAAAAUAUUUUAGGUCUUUAAUAGGCCACAGAGUGAAACAUCAAAGUUGUUAUAAAAUACCUAUGUAAGCGCAUAGCUUUUUUUCAUAAAUUAUUUGACUGUUUUAGAAUAAAACUAGUGUUUCAACCCUACUUACCUACCUAAUUGUCUUGAUUACCCAGUUUUGACACACAGAUAGACCCUUGUAAUGACUUGUGUGGCAGGAACUAAGGGAGACACUAAGCAAAUCUGUUAAGGCACAGUCAGCCAGAACGAAAACCAUGUCAACUGGGCAGUAAUACUUUGAGACUACCCCUUUAGCUCCUUGUUUUGUCAGUCCUCACUGCUUUCCUUAGUGUCUGACGCUUGGCACUUACUGAUAUGUGAACAAUUAUUGUGCAAAGAGAUGGUUUUAUAACACUGGGUCAAUGAAAAAGAAGUGUGUAUUUGUACAAUGUGUUAGACUGUGUUUAUGUUGUUUUUAAUAAAAAAAAAUUGUUUUCAACAGA